GCUCCAUUCCUCGUAUACGUUGAGGUGCUCGAUUGUUCAGAUCCUUCGACCGCUGUUUUGCCCACUCGACACUCCAUUCAGGCAGUGGAAACCACCACAAGUCUCGUACAUGACUCUAGUGGACUGGACGAGACAAACGCGAGCCAGCGUCAGCUCCUUUCCAGAAGCACUAACUCCACUGUUGGUCCAGUGCCGGGUCGGAUGGGCAACCGAUUGGUUUCUCUUCUAGCCGGCGCUAUCGGCCUCAAGACGGAGCGAAGUGUCCUGAUGGGGAACGCUAGUAAUGCUUCUCCCUGCACUAUCAAUAAUGCCUCUUCUGCUAACGCUUUCGCUGAUGUAACUGCUGCUGAUGUCGAUUCGUCUAGCGACUCCACUAAUGUUUUAACAGAUAAGGCUGUUGCCGAUUUGUCUAUUACCACUGCUCCCCUCAGCCUCGAUAAGACUAGUCUCGGACUUCAUGCUGCUACAGACACAUCUUUUCAAUUACCAACUAAGGAUAUCACGUCGAAAAGGACUCGGUGUCCAGACCAUCAAAUAAAUGUGAGUUUUUACUCUUUCAUAGAUGCCGAGCUGGUCUGA